UGAAUUGUUAGUGAAUUCCUGUAAAUCCGAUUGUAUUCCUGUUACACGAAUACACCGUAUUUCUGCUUCGCCGUGUUCCGGUUUUAUCCGUUUGUGACUAUACGUUUUGCCUCAAGAAAUUGCGCGCGAAGAGAAAAUGUGCCAUCUCCCUGGAUGUGAAUGGGUUGUCUAGCAGCUACAAGUAUGGUGAUGCUUCUAGAGAGAGUAGCUGGAUGGAUCAGACUGCCAGUAUCUGUUGAGAGAGUAUCUGGAUGGAUCAGACUGCCAGUAUCUGUUGAGAGAGUAUCUGGAUGGAUCAGACUGCCAGUAUCUGCUCAAGACCACAGUUUUCUGCCAGACCCCCCACCCCGCUGUCCCCCGUCCCCCAUUGACCAAGAUCUGGAUGUGAAUACAGAAAAAUGUGAAAAGCCAGGACUUGUUCUGCUGAGGCUGUGACAAAAAGUGAUAGAACAGUACUAUAUGACUGUAUCUAAUUGAUCUACUGCUGCUGUUCCGACUAAAUUUGAGAUGACUGUUGGGUCACUGAGGGCUUGGCGAGUAUAACAAUCAAUAGUCGUACAUCACAUUUGUUUAGAAAUAGAAGGGGCUGCUGAUCUUUUGGUUAAUCCUCAUCUUGGAGGACUCCUCUGAGAGCUUGUGGAUGCAGUACCUGCACAGCCAAGUUUUCUUUUAAAAGAUGUAUCUGUAACAGAAGACAGUGACUGUGGAGCUGGAGAUGAAUGCCAUCAACCAACAAGUGUAUGGCCAACAUGAUACCUGCAUUCAAACACAUGGAACAGAAAAUCACUCCCGUCACACUGGAUGUUCUGAGGUAUGAGUUCCGCAGUCUGCAGUUUGCUGGAACAACAUUGGAUGAUUUGUACCUUGGACCUACCUCCAGGCUUUUUUCACUCAAGAGUGUGCUAACCAAUACCGCCAUAAGUCGUUACGAGUUUCUUGUAAUUGGUCGUGACCAGUCGUCCACCGAGAGGACAGGCACUGCUACUGUACGUGUGAAUGUUGUGCGUAGCCAGUCACUGCCAGUGUUUAUAAACAAUGCCCCCUACAAUGCGUCCAUCAACUAUGACACAGCACCCGGAACUACCAUCUACAGGCAAUCUCGAGCCAGAGACCAAGACCUAGCGGGUACCUUGCAAUAUGGCCUGACAGGGCAGUACUUCUCCGCAGCCUUUUUUACUCAUGGUGAGAAACGCGGCCACCAGUGAUACCAGCCUAUACACGCUCGGUCUAUUGGCUUACGAUACAGCCUACCCAGGCCAGGUUGCCUACACAAACAUCACCAUAUUGGUCAACCGCAACCCGAAUGCACCAGUCUUCAACCCUCAGACGUACCAACGAUCAAUCAUGGAAGAUUACACUCUUGGCUUCAGUCUUGUGCAGAUUGAAACAAACGAUGCUGAUGGGGACAACAUUCGCUGUGAUGUAACAAGCAUCUCCACGCCCAAUGUGUUCCCGCAGCCCAGUAACCUUGCUGACUACCUUAACCCUUACACGUGCCUUCUGACACUGCGGGAAUCCCUCAGAACCAUUGGCGUCAACACUGUAGCCAUGACAGUUCGGGCCACGGAUGACGGUAUUCCAAACAGACAGUCCAGCAUCAAUGCUCAGAUUACGAUCAAUAUCAACAGGAACGAGAAUGAUCCUUUCUUCAUCAACACACCAUACGUAAGGACCAUUCCAGAGACAACCCAACUUACAACGUCCGUUCUUCGAGUAACAGCUAAUGACGCUGAUAAUAUCAAUAACCAACAACUUACAUACGCGUUGAUCGGUGAUGAUUCUACAUCUUCGUACUUCAAUUUCGACACAUCAACUGGAGUUUUUACUGUUGCACGGUCCCUAAUUGAAGAGACUCGUGACUACUACAUUGGACUGUUGUUGCGUAUGAUUACGGAUCUCCAGCCCGUAGCGCCACAGUAACUGCGCGCAUCAACAUUAACCGCAACAUUAACACGCCGGUGUUCAACCCUAUCAACUACAACGUUACAAUCAUGGAAACUGAGGCUACCAACUAUCUGGUGCUCACUGUGAGCGCUACAGAUUUGGACAGAAUCUCGCCCUGGAACACAGUCACCCACCAGAUCCAGAACUUCCAGCAGAACAGUCUGUUCAACACUUACUUUGACCUGAACACAGCCAACGGUCAAAUCUGCGUCCGUCUGCCAUUGUACAAUGACUUCACGAACACAUGAACAUACUCGUUCGUAGUAACUGCACGAGACGGAGGUAACAGAGUGUCUUCCCAGAAUACCCAAGUGAACAUCAACGUGAUCAGGAA